UGAAUCAAAGGUAAUAGUAAAAUGAAAGAGCACGUGUGCAAGCUGAAACACACCAGUUAUCCGACUUCCACUUCGCGUGAGGACCUCACUCUCAAAGAGACAUUGAAGCGAUUGUUCGAGAUAAACGCUAACACGCCAGGUGCGAAGCAAUAUUUUUAUAGCCAGGCCGCCGUACGUGCCGAGAAGAGAAAGCAAGAGAGCCUGGGCCUGUGGUGGGUCGUCCACCCCUUCAGCAGUUGGAGGAUCCUAUGGGACUUGAUGAUGACGGUGAUAUUCAUGAUCGCUUUCCUGUCGAUUCCCUUCACGGCUUGCUUCAUCAACAUGAGCCACGACAUGAUCAGAGUGGACUCGUUCAAUCUUCUGAUCUAUGCGUUCUGCUGGCUCGACAUCCUGUGCAACUGCAUGAGUGGCUAUUACGACGUGAACGAAGUAGUCGUCGAACUGGCUCCCAGGAAGAUAUUCAUACAUUACUUAAGAACUUUCCUCCUGUUGGACGUGAUCUCCUCGAUACCGUGGGACCACGUAACGUUGCCCUGGCGGAGGCUGCCUGGCGACGAUGCCUAUCACCUGGUCGGCGUAGUUAAUCUUCUGAACUGCUUGAAACUGACACGUUACGGUUACGUGAACUCGCAGAUAUUACAAAUAUUUCAAGUAACGAAAGUUCGUAAAAAGUAUCGUUUUCCCGUUGGGCAUCAUGGAUCUCUUCGUUUCAGCAUUUCGAGAUCAAGUAUUUCUAUUACGAAAUGUUCAGCACGUUCAUGCUCGGGUUUUACAUAAUGUAUUGGUCCUCCUGUUUG